AUUUGAACCGUAACCCUCGAUUACAACCAUCAUCACCACCCUCUCGAAACUUCAACCGCUUGAUUCUCUCAACCCACGAAGCAUUUCAAGGUGAAAUUUUAGCCGUGGAAUUGGCUCUAGGAGGUAGAAAGUACAAAGAUUCAAAUAUGAAAAGAUGCACUGAGAUUUAACAUACUUGGGCAUGCAUGUUUUCGGAGCAGUGGUGUUACUGAGCUGAACAUAAUGUUGUCCAUUAAAAGUGAGUGGGUCAUGGUUGGAAUAUUCUGCCAAUGCAGCAGAUGAUCUUCUUGUCAUUAUUCUUCAAUGUUCAUAUGGAUGCCCCCUGCAAUAUUGCCAAAAUGGAAGACUCUUUCUGUUACCAAUGACUAGGCAUCUUGGUUGAUUACCAUCAGAAAAUUUUGAAAAUGGGUUAAGAUCGAGCGUCGUCCGUAAUGGAAUCCCAGCAAGCUCAAUCUCAAUUGCAGUCGUCAUCAUCUGUUAGAAGCCCAAUCACUACCUCUUGUCGAAAGAAGAAAUCAGAGGAAGCCAGUUUCUUGGCCGAUGUAAAGGAUCACAUUGAUGAAUUUGUUCAUGCUUCCAUGGACGAACACAAGACAUGCUUUAAGAAGACCAUUCAAAAGAUGUUUGGAAUGUCAAAGGUUGUUGCUGAAAGGAAUUCCAGUCUUAAUGAAGCUGAAAGUUCCCUGCCUCUUCAAACAAUGGUCUCUGAGAAAUAAUGGUGAGCUAGAUAUCUAUUGUUUUCAUGAAAACAGUUUUUUCCCCAUACAUUUAUCACUGUAGUAUUCAGGCCAUGGUCCACAAACUUUUCCAAGAUAUGCAUAGGUUUUGGGUUCUGAUGCAUCGAAAGACAAAUAUUUCACUAUAGGAUUCAGGCCGUGCUCCCUGAACUUUUCCAAGAUAUACUUACAUUUUUCAGUGUCCCAUCUACUUGAAAUUUCCAUAAUGAGAUCAGGUGGGUGUUCGUUU